CGGCGGAGGGAGCGCGCGGCCCGGGGACUGCCUUCCCCGGUCCCCCUCCGCCCCACGCGGCAGGACCAUGGACACCAGGUGGUGGGCAGUGGUGGUGCUGGCCACGCUCCCCUUCCGAGGGGCCGGCGGGGAGGCGCCUGAAGCUCCACCCGAGCCAUGGACCCAGCUCUGGUUCUUCCGCUUUUUGGUGAAUGCUGCUGGCUAUGCCAGCUUCAUGGUCCCCGGCUACCUCCUGGUGCAGUACUUAAGACGCAGGAACUACCUGGAGACAGGUAGGGGCCUCUGCUUCCCCCUGGUGAAAGCCUGUGUGUUUGGCAAUGAGCCCAAGGCCCCCGACGAGCCCGGGCUGGCUCCCCGGACAGAGUCUGCAGAGACCACCCCCACUUGGCAGGCCCUGAAGUUGCUCUUCUGUGCCGCGGGUCUCCAGGUGUCCUAUCUGACUUGGGGUGUGCUGCAGGAAAGAGUGAUGACCCGCAGCUACGGGGCCACAGCCACCACACCGGGGGAGCGCUUCACAGACUCGCAGUUUCUGGUGCUGAUGAACCGCGUGCUGGCACUGAUGGUGGCGGGCCUCUACUGUGCGCUUUGCAAGCAGCCCCGGCACGGGGCGCCCAUGUACCAGUAUUCCUUUGCCAGCUUGACCAAUGUGCUUAGCAGCUGGUGCCAGUAUGAAGCUCUCAAGUUUGUCAGCUUCCCCACCCAGGUGCUAGCUAAGGCCUCCAAGGUGAUCCCUGUCAUGCUGAUGGGGAAGCUAGUGUCCCGGCGCAGCUAUGAGCACUGGGAAUACUUCACAGCUGGCCUCAUCUCCGUCGGGGUCAGCAUGUUCCUGCUGUCCAGUGGGCCGGAGCCCCGCAGCUCCCCAGCCACUACGCUCUCAGGCCUCAUUCUGCUCACAGGCUACAUUGCUUUUGACAGCUUCACCUCAAACUGGCAAGAUGCCUUGUUUGCCUACAAAAUGUCAUCGGUCCAGAUGAUGUUUGGGGUCAACUUCUUCUCCUGCCUCUUCACAGUGGGCUCACUGCUGGAGCAGGGGGCCUUGCUGGAGGGGACCCGAUUCAUGGGGCGCCACAGUGAGUUUGCAGCCCAUGCCCUGCUGCUGUCCGUCUGCUCAGCGUGUGGCCAGCUCUUCAUCUUCUACACCAUUGGGCAGUUCGGGGCCGCAGUCUUCACCAUCAUCAUGACCCUCCGCCAGGCCUUUGCCAUCCUCCUCUCCUGCCUCCUGUACGGCCACACUGUAACUGUGGUGGGGGGGCUGGGGGUAGCUGUGGUCUUCGCUGCCCUCCUUCUGCGUGUCUAUGCCCGGGGCCGCCUAAAGCAGCGGGGCAAGAAGGCUGUGCCAGUGGAGUCCACUGUGCAGAAGGUUUGAGGGAUGGAGGGACCAGAGUGGGUCCAGGGAUACAGGACCCUCACCCAUCUUGUCACUUCAGUGGCAGCUGGCUCUGGGGCUAGAAUGCAGGUUUCUCAGUAUCACAAACCAGCCUGGUGCAACUGGGGAUGGAGUGCUCAGGAGGCAGCCCUCCCUUUGCCUUAAGUCACCCAUCCUGUGGUAGGCAGGGACUCCAUAGACCCCCAGGAGAAAUGACCUACCUGCAGGUGAGGAAACCAGAGGCUCACUCAUCCCUCACCUUACUUGGCUCUGCCAUGGCACCACCUGUACUUGUCCCCUACCUUGGAACAUUGGGCUGCUCAAGCUCCCAGCCACCUGCAUUUACCUGGGUGAGAAGCACAAGUGUUGUGGAUGCCAAUGCUGCUGCCCCAGGAGGAAGACUGCACUGCUUAAGUGGGUGUGUGGGAAGCCCCACUUGGCACCACCAGGUCCUCCCAGGAGCCAAUCGCAGAUUUUUGGUACUUUGUAAAAUGUUUUUGCUUAUAAUUUUAUUUUAUUAAAUUACUGCAAGGGGGUUGGUCCUG